AAAAAGCAGAAAAGAAAAUUUUACGGAGUAAUCAAUUUGGUCAUUUAUCUUUAAAUCCGCCGUAUCAUCUGCGCAUGUAAAUCUGCUUCUACACUUACACACACAAGUAGUGAUUUUCGGUUGAGUUUUGGGAGCUCGGCCAUGGCGAUUGCAGCUGCAGCUGUUAUCGUCCCGUUGGGCGUUCUCUUUUUUAUCUCGGGCCUCUUCACCAAUCUCAUUCAGGCUAUAUGCUUUGUUCUUAUACGGCCAUUGUCGAAGAACACAUACAGGAGGAUUAACAGGGUGUUUGCAGAACUGUUGUGGCUUGAGCUCAUUUGGCUUGUUGAUUGGUGGGCGGGUGUCAAGGUUAAAUUAUACACAGACCCCGAGACAAUUAAACUGAUGGGUAAAGAACAUGCUCUUGUAAUAUCAAAUCACAAAAGUGACAUAGAUUGGCUUGUUGGAUGGGUGUUAGCUCAGCGAUCAGGUUGCCUUGGUAGCACAUUAGCUGUAAUGAAGAAAUCAUCCAAAUUCCUUCCAGUUAUUGGAUGGUCCAUGUGGUUUUCUGAGUAUCUUUUCCUUGAAAGAAGUUGGGCCAAGGAUGAAUCUACAUUAAAGUCAGGUCUUCAACAGUUACGUGAUUAUCCACUGCCUUUUUGGUUGGCACUUUUUGUUGAAGGUACUCGCUUUACACAGGCAAAGCUUUUAGCUGCUCAAGAAUAUGCUACCUCAACAGGCUUACCUGUUCCAAGAAAUGUUUUAAUUCCUCGUACUAAGGGUUUUGUUACGGCGGUAAGUCACAUGCGAUCAUUUGUUCCUGCAAUAUAUGAGGUGACGGUAGCCAUUCCUAAGAGUUCUCCACCACCAACAAUGCUGCGGAUUUUCAAGGGGAAAUCCUCUGUGGUCCAUGUUCACCUCAAGCGACAUUUAAUGAAGGAUCUGCCAGAAAAUGAUGAUAAUGUUGCUCAGUGGUGUAGGGAUGUCUUUGUGGCAAAGGACAAAUUAUUGGAUAAACAUAAUGCUGAAGACACCUUUGGACAAGAGCUGGAGCGAGAUCUUGGCAGGCCAGUGAAAUCACUUGUGGUGGUUGUGUCGUGGGCAUGUCUGCUAAUUCUAGGAGCAGUAAAAUUCUUCCAGUCUUCGGCACUUCUAUCGUCAUGGAAAGGCCUAUCCAUUUCAGCAGCUCUCCUGGCAGUUGUUACAGUUCUCAUGCAGAUACUGAUUAAAUUCUCUCAGGCUGAGCGAUCUGUGCCCGCAAAAGUUGCACCGACAAAUACAAACACCAGUAAUCAAGUUGCAGCAGACAGUAGACAACGAAAAGUGCAGUGAUCCAUCUAAACCUAUCAUGAGUUUUAUUUCAUCUUUCUUUCAGAUAGUUAUGACCCCUUCCCCUCCCCUCCCCUCCCUGGAUUUUCAAAGUUGAAGUUAGAACAUGAUGUAUGUAUUAUGUAAUCUCUAUUAUUGUGUACUGAGUUGAGCUGUUUCUGUGUCUCUCAAA